AGAGGCUAGAUGGUGGCAUACUUAUGGCCACCGCCAUAGAGGCACUGCAGACCCCUCAAAACACUCUGUGCACGUUCCAAAAGCGCCGAGUUAUUCCAGCUCUUUACAACUGUUGUGAUUCACUGGCUCUGGCGGCUUGUUAAUUAAGAGCCUUGGGGAAAUGAGGGCAAAGGACAGUACAGAUUGUACUUUGACAUACAGUGUAACUGCUCCAUCGCAGCUUAAGAAAUCAUCUACCAUCACAGUUAUUUCUCUAGGAAAUUUGAGGGCAGGGUGCAGGGAAAGUCGAGGCAAUAUAGUUAAAAGAAACGGUGUCUGCCUGGAUUAAGACACCGACAGCCUCAGUAAAUAUUAAGUCGGUAAUGCGAAGCCGAUGGUGUGAAUAGAUUGCUGGUGGUGUAAGAGGAGGUGUAUUUUUGAAUCCGUGGCUGAGCUGUCUAGUUUUAUAUCUUCUAACAGAAUCAGCAUAGCUGUCAUUAAAGCUGUUUCACAGAAUGAAUUCUUGUCCAGUUGUAGCAAGAGAGGGUCCUGUGAGAAGGGUCGCUAUCUUUGGAGGAACACACGGCAAUGAGUUGUCUGGGGUAUUCCUGGUCAAGCACUGGCAGGAUGAUGGAACAGAGAUUCAGCGACCGGGGCUGGAGGUACGGCCUUUUAUCACCAAUCCAAGAGCAGUGGAGAAAUGUUGCCGAUAUAUUGACUGCGACCUGAAUCGGGUUUUUGAUCCUAAAAGACUUGGCGAACAGCUUGCAGACAACACUCCGUACGAAGUGAGAAGGGCUCAAGAAAUAAACUGCAUAUUUGGUCCAAAAGGUAGCCAUGAAGCUUAUGACCUUAUCUUUGACCUGCACAACACAACAGCUAACAUGGGCGGCACCAUCAUACUGGAAAACUCCAGGGAUGAUUUCACAAUUCAGAUGUGUCGCUAUAUAAAGGAUGCUUUGGCUCCAGAAGGCUGCCCUGUUUUCCUCAUUGAGCAUCCCAACCUGAAAUAUGCAACGACCCGGUCUAUAGCAAAACAUCCUGUUGGCAUUGAAGUGGGUCCUCAGCCCCAAGGAGUUCUCAGGGCUGACAUUUUGGACAAAAUGCGGAGGAUCAUCAAGCAUGGCCUUGACUUUGUGCAAAUGUUCAAUGCAGGAAAAGAAUUCCCUCGGUGUACUAUUGAAGUUUACAAAAUAAUGGAGAAAGUAGAUUAUCCAAGAAAGAAAAAUAAUGAGAUCAUGGCUGUCAUUCACCCUAACCUGCAGGAUCAAGACUGGCAGCCUCUCAACCCUGGUGACCCUAUAUUUUUAACUCUUGAAGGAAAGACAAUCCCAUACGAAGGAGACGUGGUAGUAUAUCCAGCCUUUGUGAAUGAAGCUGCUUAUUAUGAAAAGCAACAAGCUUUUGUAAAAACUGAAAUAGAAAAAUUGAGUGCAGAAGGGAUCAGAGCAUGUGUCUCUUAGAACUGGAAUAAUUUUUCAUUUAACUUUUUCAAAACUUAGGAUGAAACCCAAUUACAGAUGCAUUUGAUCUUUCUAACUCAAGAUGGCCAGAACUCAUAGGCUGUAACUCAGACAGAGACUUUAAUAUUUAAUGGUAAGGAAUAUUUUUUUAAGGAAUAAGCACUUUGAAGGCAAUAUGAUCAAGCAACAUUCAGAAGCAUUGUUAGUAUGAAUGUAUUUUAGUAUUUUUUUAUAAAUACUAAAUGCUAAAUAUUUUUUUAAAUUAAUAGCACUUUUUAAUAACAGAGAGAUAUGUUUUGUAUUUAAUGUGUUAUGCCCCAAGAAGCUGAACAUGGAGAUAUUUCAUGGCCAUUACUGAGGAAGAAGAAGAGGCAAUGGACAAAUUAAACCUGUAAAGAUUAUAUUGUAUUUUACACCAGUAAGGGAAUCUCAAGUUCUGGAAGAGCUUCUGUUAUGGGAGAAGUUUUGUGUUGGAAAUCCUGGAAGCCAAUACCACAGUUUGGGGGCAAGCACCCUUUGCUGAGAGAACCCCAACAGAGAUUUAACAUAGCAAAACAUGCAAAAAAGGAAAGUGUGGAGAUAAAGGCUGUAAAACAUUUAAAAUGUCAUUUCUAGUGAAUCCCAAAGUACAUCACUUUUAAUGGUUCUUUCCAAAGUAUUCCACUUCUCUAGCACACAGGUCGACCACACGUUUAGUAAGCUAUAAAAUGGAUUACUUACAAAACUCUUCAAAUGCCAGAUUCAUGUGCUUUUCCAUACAGCAGCCAGAAAAAGUUGCACAGGCAGUAAAACGUUGCUUAGUUACAAAAUGGUAAAAGUUCCUAAACUAUUGGUGUGGGAAAACAUUAGUUUCAGACUUCAUUCUUGUCUGAAACAAAAUAGGCUGGUUAAAGCCAUGUGGCUGGAAGGAGCAGCUCAGAUCUCCUCGCACACCAAAUUCACAUGUAGACUGAAUAGAACAAAAGGCUUGGUUUUCUAAGCUGAGGGGAAGUGGCUUAGGCUAAGCUUGCAUACUAGUUAUAUGAGGCUGGUUUAGCCUACAAGAUUCACCUCUUGAAAUCCUGCCUGCCAUGGUUAGUAGCAAAAUGCACCUUAUCAGAGAGACACUGGCUACUACAUUAACAUUAAGCAGCAGAGAAGCAUGGAGAAAUGGGCAUGGCGGCUUCAGAGUAGCAUUCUUAGUAGAGUCAUAUCUGAAUAUUAUUUAGGGAGGUUAAUCUGGAACUGGAGUUGGGAAAAGGUUUCCAGUGAGAGUGAGAGUGGACUUAUGAGCAAAAACAUUUGGGUCAUGAGGAUGAUCUCCCCAGUGUGUGUGUGUGUUUAGAUUUUUAUCAGAGUGGUAGCCUCAGGGAUAUAUAAAUAAAUUAUUCCAAUAUUUUUCUGCUGUGGAGGAGGGGAUACUUGUACUCUUGAGGGACAACUCAACCGAGGAUCUCCUCUAUCCAUUGCAGAAAAGGUACUUAUAGCGGUAAGUCCAACAUUCUGUUUUAAAAAAAAAUGUUUUAUAAAGUUUGGGGUUAAUAAAAUGGAACAGGGGUCUAUCUAUGCAGGGAUGGCUUCAGGCCUGAACACGCCCCCUUCUAUCUUAAUGGACCCAUGGCAGCAGAAUUAGCAGUGGACAGUUUGGAGCUUUUGUUUACAUGUUUCAUAAUGGCAUUGUGAGAAGUACCACUUGUAGAUGAGUUUCUGAGUGAAUUCCCUUCUUUUGACUGAUAUGGACUUAAGGGGAGGUUUAGACCACAUUCUAGUCCAUUGGGUGGGAUUAAUUUCAUAGCCUAUGUCAUGCUCCCAUUGUUCUUUGACUGAUAUUUAUUGGUGCUAAUGUGAUUGGUGGAACAACUAAACAAAACAUGAGUGAGAAUCAAAUGCUUAUAAAAGUAUCCAUUUUAUUUCUCUUAUUCACAAUAAAUAUCUUUUUCUUAAAAACAUUGAAUAACAACAAAUAUUUAAAUAAAGGUCAUAACAUUCAGCAUAACAAUGGCACCAUAUUAUUGUUUCUAUCUUUUUCCUUUUUUUUGUUCUUUGGAAGACUUAUCUCAAAUGGCCAUUUGGCUCUAAAGUGCUGAUUGGGAAGCAAAAGGGCACAACAUCCAUAAAGACACGCCCUUAGAAUAGUCUUCGGAAAAAUAUGCUGGGCUAUUGCUGCACCAGUGUCUCUGUGUAUGUGUGCAUACACAUCUUGUUAGCAUGCAAACCAUCAUUCAUAAUUUCACAGGAACAUAAAACAAGAACAUUCUUCAGUAAGUAUCCAUGAGGAUUAAGGCACAUUCUGCAGGAAUGAUGAUAUAAAUACUGUACAUAUACACCAUAAACACAUAUAAAAUAUUCCCUUUGGAUUUGUGCUCA